AUGCCCCUGCCCCUGUCUGCCCCGCCCUCAACAAGCCGCGACCCUGCCGCCUCCCCCAUUGACGAGCCCGGUGUGGCUCUCACCCCAUCCCGUGCCCGCCUUCGACUAGCCCCGAGCCCGAGCCGCCAACGCGGUCGGGCUCGGUGUUGCCUCCCACCCCUCCACGCCCCCGCCCGCCUCCUGCCAGUGCCGGGCCCGAGCCACGCUCGGCGUUGUAUUCCGCCCCCCUCGCCCGCCUCUGACCAGCCCCGAGCCCAAGCCGCCAACACGGUCGGGCUCGGUGUCGCCUCUCAUGCCCCGCGCUCCCUGCCCGCCUUCUGCCAGCCCCGCGCCCAAGCCGCCGAAGUGGUCAGGCUCGGUGUCGUCUCUCAUGCCCCGCCCCCCGCGCCCCCCGCGCCCCCCGCGCCCGCCUUCUGCCAGCCCUGA